UGAGGAAGGUCGAAAAUGGCGGGUACGCGGCUGCUCUUCACUGAGAAGAAUUGGAAUCAGAAACUCUCUCUUUAUUCUUAAAAUUUCAGCGCCGAAAUCGCCACAGUUUUGAAUGAACACUGCUCAAGAUUCUUCAUCAUCUUCAUCUUUACGCCCUUCUGAUUCCUCCACUUUAAUCCCUAAUUUUUAUCUUCAUAAAAUGCGAUCUCAAACCCUAACAAACGAAGUCCUAGUCGGGUUAGACUUCGAUCCUCAUCGUUUGCUGAAGCCUCUCCAUCAUGAGCAAUCACCUUGAACAUGGCAAUCAUAAUCCCUAUGUUCAACAUACCUCUACCGCUUCGUCGUCUGCCCAACCUGGGAAAAGAGAUAAGAUGUGGGAUGUGUUGGGUCGCUGCGGGAAGAUGUUGGAAGGUUAUGGGAAAAUGGCAGAGGAAGCUGCCGAAAACGUCUUGCAUCACAUAAAAGUUAGUCCUAGCAUAACUGAUGCUGCAAAGGCCAGGUUUGUUCAAGGGACGAAAGUAAUUGCUGAAGGAGGAUCCCAAAGAUUGUUUCAGCAUACGUUUGGUGUUAUUCCUGGAGAAAAAUACCUGCACUCGUAUGCUUGCUAUCUGGCAGAUCCUUCUGGGCCCGUGAAUGGGAUGCUUUACAUAUCCACAAAAAGAGUGGCUUUCUGUAGUGAAUCCCCUCUCUGUUACUCUUCAUCUCCUGGCCAGCCACAGUGGGUCUAUUACAAGGUGGUGAUAGAGCUCAAUCAGUUGGCAGCUUUAUGCCCAUGUCCUAAUCUUCUCAAUACCUCUGAAAAAGACAUUCACAUAGUUACAGAGAGCGAAAUGGACGGGUUAUUCACAUUUCAUUUGAUGGUCAGAGGCAAAUUGAAAGCUAAGUAG